AUGAGUAGUUAAGAUCUUGAAUUCGUGUAGGAGAAUUUGUAAAUUCUUAUCAAGACUGUGUAAGAGCUUUAAAGUUAGUUUUAGGGGAAGGAAAACCAAGAACAAAUUCAACUAAAUAAAUAAAAAUGCCAAAAGUAAAUCGAUGCCUUAACAAUCAAAUUUAAAUAAGGCAAAUUCAACAAAUCUGAAAACAUGACUGUUUAAAUGCUUAAAAAAGAAUUUACCAAGCAAUAAAAUAUUUUUAUUGAUAUCACAAAGUCUAUCAGAAAUCCCAAAUAGGUCAAUUAUAACGAUCCAAGAGAAGUGGAAAUGUAGAAUGCAAAGAAAAUGAAUGGAAAAUCCACAUAUGUCCAUGAUGAAGAUACAAACUAUGAUGAGGAGGAUUCAGGAGAGAAAGGACCCCAUUUGGAUCAAUUGUCAGAAAUGGAAGUUCAUCCGGAUAUAUAACAUAAGGCUAUGUUAAUAUAAGAACAACAAGAAGAAAUAGAUUAAAUUCAAAAGGAUGCCUUGGAAGUACUCAAAAUUCAAACUGAAGUAGCAAAAGUAGUAGUUGAUCAAGGUAAGAUGUUAGAUGUGGCUGAAAACAAUAUCAAUAAAUCAAAUACAAAUGUUAAGGAGGCAGUUGUUGAAUUAGAAGGAGCAAAAGUAGAGCAUAAGUAAUACAUGAAAAAGCUAGCUGGUGCAGUAUGCAUUAUUCUUAUCGUUGUGGCUGUUAUUGUAGUUUGUGUUAAGUUGAUUUGA